UUUGCAUUCUCGUCGCAGAAGAAGAGCCCAGAGUAUGCAAAUGACCUCAAGCUGGUGCACCACAUUCCUAACUUCAAGUACAAGAAGGACUUGGAAGAAGUCCUGCCAGUUCCUAUCCCGAGGAAAGUCCGGAAUAACGGGACCAUGUACCUCCACAUGUUUUUGACGUCGUCGAAGGCAGACCCAGAUAAUUGGCAUAGUGUCGUCAAUGACGAGAUGUCAGUCUAUGGCUUCUCACGUCUGACGAAAUAUCACAUUCCCGAAGCAGCUACGUUUAACCUGCUCGGUAAAGAAGAGAAGGGCGGCAGACAGUCGAACCUCCAUCGUCCAGUUACCCACUUCCUAUCACAAAUAGUGUUCAACAUUCUCACAGACCCAGUCAGUCUGCCCAGAACUAGUGUACCACAUGACAUAGGCCAGUCAUUGAGAUUGUCACCCACUGGCUACUACCUCCCCAUUCUGUACGUCGAUCAACUGAGCGUCCGCCUCAGAGAUUUGGUCGAGGUGGAGUCCUCGUCGACAGAGAUGAACCUCACCUUGAAAUAUUCGCCAAUUUCAUACGGAAAGUUGAGAUUAUGGCUGCAGUUUGAAGCAGCAAUGCAGCCAAUGUCCCAGCUCGGAUUCACCGAAAAGGACUUGGACGAAGUCAAGGGGAUAUUCUCCGACACCAAUCUUUAUUUCCUGUGUGUGACGUUUUUGAUAGCUGCUCUACACAUGUUGUUUGACUUUUUAGCGUUCAAGAACGACAUCUCAUUCUGGCAAGGACGCAAGUCCAUGGCUGGAAUCUCUACCUCCUCGGUGGCCUGGCGAGCUAUAUCCCAGAUUAUCAUCUUUUUGUACCUCAUGGACGAAAACACGAGCCUUCUCGUGCUGAUACCUGCCGGCAUUGGAGGAAUCAUUGAGCUGUGGAAAGUCACAAAAGCCUUCCACAUAACCUUUGAGGGCUGGCGACCGAAAUUCCUCAACUCGCGAACGUCGGCGGAAAACGUCACGGAGCAGUUGGACUACGAGGGCAUAAAGUACCUCAGUUAUAUCCUUUACCCGCUGGUCAUUGGCGGGGCUCUCUACUCUCUCUUCUAUUCACCGCACAAGAGUUGGUAUUCCUGGGUCAUACACAGCCUGGUCAAUGGCGUCUAUGCCUUUGGUUUCCUCUUCAUGUUGCCCCAGCUGUUUAUCAAUUACAAGUUGAAAAGUGUCGCUCAUCUACCCUGGAGGGCUUUUAUGUAUAAGGCCUUCAACACAUUCAUAGAUGACCUGUUCGCCUUCAUCAUCACCAUGCCAACAGCUCACAGGGUUGCCUGCUUCAGAGAUGACAUCGUCUUUGUCAUCUACUUGGUUCAGAGAUGGUUAUACCCAGUCGACAAAAGCAGAGUUAACGAGUUCGGGGAAUCCUGGGAAGAGGAAGACAAGAAAUGUGUCGAGCACAAGAAGAAAGAUUAAUGUUACAAGUUCUCUCUAUAUAUAUAUACUUUUUUCAUACAAUUCUAUAAUUAUUGUACAUGGGGUUCAUUGUGAUAUACUUUCACAAGUCACAAAUACAUUUUUUGCCCUAUUA